AUGGACGCCACCUCAUUCUCCGGGGUUCUUCCCCAAAUGAAGCUUUCCCAUUCGGAUCAUAAAUUAUCGAUUGGCAGGUCGUGCUCUUCCUCGAGAUCGCUUGGGUUUGACUCUUGCCAUUCAUCCAAGAGAUUGCGACUUCCGAAACAGCUCACGGUUUCGUGCUCUACGCCAAGCGAUAAAGGAGACAUGUUUGGGGUAUCACAUUCUUGUAAGAAAAGCCCUGUUGGGGAAACAUAUUGUCCUGCGGGUGUAUACACUUAUGCUGGGACUGUAGAAUCUCAUUCCCACACCGCGGAAGAGAAAGUGGGAGUCCUCCUCCUCAAUCUAGGAGGACCAGAGACGCUUCAUGAUGUUCAACCAUUUUUGUUCAAUCUAUUUGCGGAUCCGGAUAUCAUCCGGCUCCCAAGGUUGUUUCAGUUUCUCCAGCAACCAUUGGCAAAAUUAAUUUCUGUGCUUCGAGCUCCCAAAAGCAAAGAAGGGUAUGCUGCUAUUGGAGGUGGUUCACCGUUGCGAAAAAUAACAGAUGAGCAGGCAAAUGAACUCAAAAAGGCUUUGAAGUCAAAAGACUUGCCUGUAAAUGUCUACGUGGGCAUGCGUUACUGGUACCCAUUCACUGAGGAAGCAGUUCAGCAAAUUAAGAAAGACAGAAUAACCAGGCUUGUUGUGUUACCUCUAUAUCCUCAAUUUUCUAUCUCUACAACUGGAUCAAGCAUUCGUGUGCUCCAAGAUAUUUUCAGGAAAGACGCCUACCUAUCAAGGAUGCCUGUUUCUAUUAUAAAUUCAUGGUAUCAACGUGAAGGCUAUAUUAAGUCAAUGGCUGAUUUGAUUUCCAAAGAGCUAGAAAUUUUUUCUGAGCCUGAACAGGUCAUGAUAUUCUUCAGUGCCCACGGGGUACCAGAGAGUUAUGUGAAGGAUGCUGGAGAUCCAUACAAAGAUCAAAUGGAGGAGUGCAUCUUCUUAAUAAUGAAAGAGUUGAAAUCUAGAGGGAUCAACAAUGAACAUACUCUUGCUUAUCAGAGCCGAGUUGGUCCUGUACAAUGGCUGAAGCCCUACACUGAUGAAGUUCUUGUGGAGCUUGGCCAGAAAGGUGUGAAAAGUCUGCUGGCUGUUCCAGUCAGCUUCGUGAGCGAGCACAUAGAGACUCUUGAAGAGAUUGAUAUGGAGUACAAGGAAUUGGCCCUAGAAUCCGGCAUUGAGAAUUGGGGCCGAGUGCCUGCCCUUGGCUGUACUCCUUCAUUUAUUAUGGAUCUAGCAGAUGCAGUAAUUGAAGCCGCACCACUGGCAACACCCAUGUCAACCCCAAGAACUAUCUCAGAAGAAGUUGAUCACGACCCUGCUAGAUAUGUUAUCAAACUGUUCUUUGGUUCCUUCUUGGCGUUCAUUUUGUUUUUUUCACCAAAAAUGAUAAUGGCAUUUAGGAACCACCUUAUUUAA